GUUGUUGUUUUAUGUUUACACUCUGUGUGUGUUUCUGAAAGCUCAAGCAAAUACGGCUUCAGUUUGAGAAUUUUCAUUCAAAAUGGCAAAUAUUAGCACAGUAGAAAAGCUCAUAUCUUUGAUUGACGAUAUAGAACUAAUUUCUAAGGAAAUUUUAGAAAAUACUAUUGCUAUGAAACAUCAGAAAUUGGCUGGGAGUGAGCAAGUUCAACUGACAGAACUUUUAGUUGCUAAAGACAAUGAAUUGAAAGCAACCCUAGAACGUGCUCGUGAACAAGCUAGAGUUGAACUGAAAAUGGAUGCCCUUAGAGGUGAAGUGGAAAGGCAGGAUUGUCAUAUUCGCAACCUUCAGAGACAGCUCAAGGAGGCCGAGCAAAUUUUGGCCACAGCCAUUUAUCAAGCAAGACAAAAAUUAGCUUCAAUUGCUAAAGCAAAUAAGCGACCAGUUCCAUCAGAGGAUCUUAUUAAAUUUGCACAUCGUAUCUCGUCUUCUCAUGCUGUCUGUGCACCUCUCACUUGGCAACAGGGAGACCCAAGAAGACCAUAUCCUACUGAUAUUGAAAUGCGCCAGGGUCUACUUGGCAGGUUAAGUAAUCUGCCUCUUGUACCUCAGCCUGGUCUUGCUGACUUGUCUGGUCUUCCACCUGGUGCUGAGCCUGCGGUAUCUACUCAAAACCAGUUCUCUUGGCAUCCAUCGGGUGAUUUGCACAUGAAUGUUCCUGGUCAGGGAUCAGUUGCAAUGGAAACCCGAAAUCAUAAGACUGAAGCUGAAGAUGUUGAAGUAAUGUCAACUGAUUCGAGUAGCAGUUCAUCAAGUGACUCACAGUAAAAAUAGUUUGUAAACCUGGUGUUUGUCAAAAAUGAGUAGCAUGUGACUGUUUCUUGCUCAUACUUCAAUGCAUGAACAUUUCUUGUUGUAUACUGUCAAAUUUGCUUUCUCAAUCGGUUCUUACUAAUUGUCUAGAAUCAAAGCAAAAAAGAUUCGCAAAACAUCUGUUUCCAUCAAUCUUUUGUUUUAUUACUUUUGUUUUACAUAUUUUGUCAAUGAAUUUUUUAACUUUAGUUAUGUAUCUCAUAGCUUCAGUAAUCUUAACUUUGGAAACUUAACAUAGACUCAGGGAUUUGUUUUCUAGUGAUUCAGCAUUUAUAUGAUUCAUGUUUUUGGCUGUGAUGCAAACAAAACAAUACCCAAAUACCAUCUUUCAACAGUUUCAGGA